UUUGUAGCACGUCAUCCAAAUAUAAAGUCUCUAAACCCAAAAAUCCAAAAUAAAAACAAAACAAAAACAAUUUCAGAAAAAGAAAAGAAAAGAAAGGAGGAAAAUGUGGGAAGCAAAUAUGGUAAUAAUUCUGUUAACAAUGGAAUUAAUGGAUGUGGGUUGCAAUACACUGAGUAAAGCAGCCAUGGCUAAAGGUAUGAGCAACUAUAUCUUCACAACUUAUGCUCAUGCCAUAGCUUUCGUCUUCCUUAUUCCCCUUGCGUUCCUUUUUCACAGGAAAACUCCAUCUCCACCUAUUGGUGUUGCUAUCAUUUUGCGGCUCUUUCUACUUGGAGUCCUUUGUUGUGGUUGCUCCAUCUUUUUGUUUAUUGGAAUACGUUACAGCUCACCGACUCUUGCAUCAGCAAUGAAUAAUCUUUCUCCUGCUUUCACCUUCAUUAUGGGCAUCAUUUUCAGGAUGGAAGUAUUGAACUUGAGAGCACGAAGUAGCAUACUCAAAUCAGUCGGAACAUUAGUGUCAAUUGGAGGUGCAUUCAUAGUCACUUUGUACCAAGGAAUGCCCAUUACUAUUUUUCCCCCUUCACCAACCCAAUUUUCUCUUCAUUUUCCUCUUGUUGCCAAUGAAACUCAACCCAAUUGGGCCCUUGGUGGACUAUUCCUUUUUGCUAGUAGCAUAUUUUUGUCCCUCUCUUUUGUAGCCAAGACUUGGAUUGCGAGGGACUUCAACUCAGAGAUACUUAUAACAUUGAUUAGCUUCUUCUUUGAAACAAUCGUGGCGGCCGUUGUUACCUUUCUAGCUGAAAAUGAUACUAGUGUUUGGACUCCAAGUAUUCACAUUGUUUGGAUUGCUAUUCUAUUUGGGGCUUUGGAAGUCGGUGUGGUAAAUAUUGUCCAGACUUGGGCUUGUGGAAAGAAGGGACCCUUAUUCGUGGCAAUGUUUAAGCCACUCCAAAUGAUAAUCGCAGUGAUUAUGGGAGUGUCUUUCCUUGGAGAUGUUCUCCAUCUUGGAAGUUUGAUUGGAGGCACGAUUAUAGCACUUGGAUUUUACACGGUGAUGAGGGGGAAAGCGGAAGAGGAGUCGCCGAAAGAAGUCAAUGAAAGUAGGUUGAUGUAUAGCUCUGAAGAAGAUUCAUAUUCUCAUAAAGCCCCUCUUUUGCAAAACCAAAAUAUGGAUGUAUAAAAUUUUCUCCAGGGUUUUAUUACAGAUUUACGAAAUUCAAUUUUUGUGCAAUUGUACGUGCGACUGGUCCAAUUCCGAUCGCUUUAUCCGAGGAAAAACCGAAUCACUCAACUUAGAUUCCUGCAUCGUUUGCAUACAUCCCCUGUACAAAUUAUGUGCAUAUCAGAUUUACACCGUGUUAGCUUAGAGUUUCUUAAUCUGUAAAUUAUUCAUUAUUUUGUAAAAUGUACAGAAUUUGUACAUAUCAGAUUGUAUACUCACCUACGAAAUAUUAUUUGUUGUAAUUGUACAUGAACUAAGUAUUGUUGAGCGAGUACUAGGUCAAA